AUGUCUACAUUACUUAGUUGGCAAGAAAUAAUCAUUACAAUUCAUAAUCCAUCACUUAAGACUUAUCAAAAACUUCAAGAUAAAUAUUCAACAACUUUGAACUGUCCUUGUUUAAUUAAUACAAUGUCUUAUAAACAGUUUAUAAUCGCUGAAACAACGAUGCAUCAAAUUUGUUCAAGUGAUUUUAUUAGUGAACAAUGGAUUCAUGCUCUUUACAUUCCUGAUGCUAGUCGUUAUAGUGCCAUUGAUUUUCGAACAACGGCAAGUUCACAAUUCGAAGUUUUAAAAACAUUAUGUGCAUUAGCACGUGAGAAUAUUUUUGAUGCAUUAUUUAAUUUAAAUGAUACACAAUUGUUCUCCAGUAAUUUAUUACCAGAAAAACAAAUCUGUACUCAAACUAACAUCAGCAGUGACAGAAUUCUACGUGAUACAAGAAUACGUUUCAAUAAUGCAUUGAAAUUAAUCGAAUUAUCAACACAAAGUAAUGUUAUUUCUUCAGCACUGAAUACUAAUAUUGUCUAUUCUGCAAGUCGUUUUGCAACUUUUCAAACUUAUAUGUAUAAAUCAAGUUAUACAGGAUGGUAUUGGACUGAAAAUAAUCAAACAACGAUAUGUGUUUGUCAGAUUAAUACUACAUGUACUGCACCUGCUGGUUUCUAUUCGUUUGCCGAUAAGAACAAUUUUGAACUUCAUACGAAACUGGUACCUCAACAACACCAUGCCUCCGAUGUAGUACCUGGUUUUGUGGGUUCAUGUACACCGUAUGAAGCUGUUAUUGAAGCAAAAUUUAUUUGUCUUUAUGAUAUAAAAUGUAUUAAGAAAUUAGUUAAUUACUUUCCACGACUUACUCAAUUAAUUCCUACAAUUAAACUUCUAAAUGCUUCAAUAAAAAGAUCUGUAUUCCUUCUAUUAUUAUUCACAACAAUAAGUGAACAAACGACUAGUGUAACUUAUGAUCAUCCAUCAUAUACUGUUUAUAAACAACUCUAUGUGAAAUAUUCAGACAAACUUAUUUGUUCUUGCUCGAAAAUCACUCCCAACUAUGGAUCAUUUAUUAAUAUAACUCCUAUAUAUCAUCCUGUAUGUUCAAGUGCAUUUGUGAAACCUAUAUGGUUAGAUCAAUUAAGAUUAAUGAAAGGUGUAAUGUUUGCCAUGUCCGAUUGGCGAAUAAUGUCACUUGGCUAUUUCCAAUCUUUAGCUGCAUUAUGUGAAUUAGCUCAUAAUACUGUAAAUAAUGAUUUACAAGCAUUUCGUACACGUACUAUAGUUACAACUCGAUUACUCAAUGAAGAUCUACUACGUGGUGAAAUCAAUAAUACAUUGAAACAAUUAAUUCAUUCUAUGCAAAUUGAAUUCGAACGUGUCAAUAAUAUUCUUCGAUUACUUUUUCAAGUUAAUCAAUAUUUUGCAGGACCAACCUAUAAUGGAUACCUUUAUAUAACUUUUCAAUCUGAUGAAGAAAAUCUCAAAAUCAUCCAUAAUUUUUCUCGUCCUGGAAAUAUAUUUCAAGACGCAAAAUGUUUAUGUGCUUUUCAUGUCGGUUGUGGAGAACCAAUGGUAAUUGUUAGUUCUUCAACAACGAUUACCGUACCAGGUUUUGUAUGGCGUUGUUCAGCAAUGGAUUCUAUUCUUUCUUCAACAUUGCAAUGUUUGUAUUCUAAUACAAAUUGUCUUCAAAUUAUUUUACUUCGUUAUAUUAAUUAUACAAAUACAGCCGUUCCUGUUCCACCACUUAAUGUUUCUCAAUUAUUUCGAACUUCAAUUUAUUCAACUGUAGCCACACUAGCUGAUAAUCUAUUUGUAGAAGAAUGGAAAACAUCAUUAUCUCAUAUACAAUAUUUUAAUAUGUGUGUUCCAAGUAUCUGUCAAUAUACAUAUGUUAGACGUGCAAAUUAUCUAUAUGUGAUAAGAAUGUUUUUAACUUUCUAUGGUGGAUUAACACUUGCAUUAAGUUUAUUAGUUCCAUUAAUGGUGAAACUUAUUUUACGAUGUCGACAUCAAAUAAUAACUAAACAAGAUAAUAACAGAGAACGGAUAGCAAUAAUUAUUCGAUUUCGUACUUUUUAUCAACGUCUAUCUGAAACUUUAAAAACAAAAAUAACUGAUUUUAAUAUAUUUCAAACAUAUUCAUUUGGUCGACAUGUUGAUCAGAUUACAAGAAUACGACUUGGUCGUCUUACAACUAGAUUUUACAUAUGUUGUUAUGCUAUUGGUCUUACAAUACUUAUUUUGUAUACUUCAUUUGAACAACGAACUGUAACAACAAAAUUUUAUAAUCCUUCAUUAUUUGUUGCUAAACAAUUACAAAAUAAACAAAUUGGUACAGUGGAUUGUCCAUGUAAACGAGCAUCUAUACCAUUGAAUGAAUUUAUUAAUAUUCAAACACGUUUUCAUCAAAUAUGUACAAGUACGUUUAUUAAAGAUGAAUGGCGUGAAGCUCUUCUAGUUGAUUUUGAGAAUUUGACCGACUUUUUACGUAUAAGUGAUUAUCGUCUUUUUCUCUCAGCACAUCUACAAUUUCUCUCUGGUCUAUGUUAUCAAGCAAUUAAACAUGUAAAUGAUACAUUACGUUCGUUUACUUCGAAUUUUCUUAGUACCAGUCGACUUCUUUCUCAAUCAUUGUUCGAUAAACAAUUAUCAAACUUAACAUAUCAAACUGAAGCACACAUACCUACAUUGUUUGUUCGUGCAUUAGAAUCAGUUCAUGCAAUCAAUCAUGGCAAUGUACUUAUGACUGUUUACGGAAGUAAUUAUAAAUUUGUCGCUCGAAAUACUCGUAAGGGUUCGUCAACAUUAUUAUAUACAUUACCAACAAUUUACAAUGGAUCUGAAAAUUGCUCAUGUGAAUUACAAUCAAAAUGUCUUUCACAAGCAGCUUUUACUUGGCCUCAUUAUGUUAAAGUAAAAGGUCUUUUAGUUGGAUGUUUACCAAGUGAAUCAUUCUUAGCUUCGACACUCGAAUGUUUUUUUGAUAUUGAUUGUAUCAAUAUUAUUCGAAAUCAUAUGUCUGGUAAUAUUUAUCGAACUCGUGCAAAUCCUCUCAAUACGAGUUCUAUAAUUCAUUCACGAUAUCAGAUCAAUACAACGGUAAAUGAUUUAGUGAAAAAAUUAUUUAUGGAACAAUGGUCAACAAAUAUAUCCUAUGACCGUUAUUUUUCACAGUGUGCACCAAAUAUUUGUACGUAUUCAUAUAUUGAUAAUGCAAAUCCAUUGCAUGUAGCAAGUACUUUGCUUGGUUUAUAUGGUGGAUUGACAGUAGUAUUAAGUUGGUGGUGUCCACAGUUCGUCGAACUUAUUCAUCGAAUUCAAACUCGUUAUAAAAACAAACGUCGCAUUGGUUCUAUAUCUAGCGUAUCGUAA